UAGGACCGACUCAACUGCGCGGUCGCAUUCCGCCCCGACUUCCCCUCUGCCAGCGGCCUGGUGGUUUGAGAUGAGUAGAAGAUGUCGGUGUCGGGGCUGAAGGCCGAACUGAAGUUUUUGGAGUCAAUUUUUGACCCAAACCACGAACGAUUCAGAAUAAUAGACUGGAAACCAGAUGAACUCAGUUGCCAAUUCAAUGUAACAGGAGAGAAGCUGCUGAUCAUUCACUGCAACAUCACGGAAUCCUAUCCCUCAACACCCCCAAUAUGGUUUGUUGACUCUGAUGAUCCUAGUCUGGCUGAAGUGUUGGAGCGCUUAGAGGAAGUGAGAAAAGGCAGUACAUUGCUUCUUCAGCAGCUGAAGCGGCUCAUUUGUGAUCUCUGUCGUCUGUACAACCUGCCACAACAUCCAGAUGUAGAAAUGCUCGACCAGCCUCUACCUACUGGUCCAAUUACCCAAGAGCGAAAGCACGGGCCAUCAGAUGAGGUGACAUCUGAAGAGGAGGAGGAGGAAGAAAUGGGAGAGCAGGACAUUGACUUGGACCAAGACCUGGACCAUUAUGACAUGAAAGAAGAGGAGCCAGUAGAUGGAAAAAAAUCUGAAGAUGAUGGGAUAGAAAAAGAAAACCUGGCCAUCUUGGAGAAGAUUCGUAAAAACCAGAGACAGGAUCACUUGAAUGGUGCAGUCUCUGGCUCGGUGCAAGCCUCAGACCGCCUAAUGAAGGAACUCAGGGAGAUCUACAGAUCGCAGAGUUACAAGACAGGUAUUUAUUCAGUCGAACUAGUCAAUGACAGCCUUUAUGAAUGGCACGUCAAGUUAAGGACGGUAGACCCAGAUAGUCCAUUACAUAGUGACUUGCAGGUCUUAAAAGAAAAGGAAGGAGUGGACUACAUUCUGCUCAAUUUCUCUUAUAAAGAUAAUUUUCCUUUUGACCCACCUUUUGUACGGGUUGUCUCACCUGUGCUCUCCGGAGGGUAUGUUCUAGGAGGAGGGGCCUUGUGCAUGGAACUUCUCACAAAACAGGGCUGGAGCAGUGCCUAUUCCAUAGAAUCUGUCAUUAUGCAGAUAAAUGCAACUCUGGUGAAAGGAAAAGCCAGGGUGCAGUUUGGAGCCAAUAAGAACCAGUACAAUCUUGCCAGAGCACAACAGUCAUACAAAUCCCUUGUGCAGAUUCAUGAAAAGAACGGCUGGUACACACCACCUAAAGAGGACGGAUAAGGAGCUACUACCACUAUGCACAGGGAACAUGUCUUUGGGUCAAAGUAUCUUGUUUUCUUUGGAAUAUUUUCCCCCUUCUGACUUACUGGGGAUAUAUCAUCUUUUAUCGCGGAAACCAUCUCGUUGGCUCAUCUGACAAGUAUUCCUUCGCCCCACUCCGGGAAAAAGACUUUAUUCUGGUGUCACUUUGCUUCUCCCCUCAGUGUUUUAGUGAGGAGGAUGAUGUGAGGGUAUCACUAGUCCUGUUUUCUAAAUAUGCUCAUUUGUCUUUAAAAAAAAAAAACUUUUCUCCCUUUAAAUGUGGGGAAAUGCUUUUUCUUUCGCUGCUUGGACAAACUGGGCUUCACAAACAGUCAGUUACACCUCUUUAAAUGGGAAUUUUAAAAGAAGAUUGAUACUGAAGCUCUUGAAGUGGCACCUCACUGCACCUGUUUUUAUUGAAUAAAUUUCUCCUUUUUUUUUUUUUUUUGGAAAUUAAGUGGUACAUGAAUGCAAAUAUUGUUUUAGAAAUAUUAUUUGGCAAUUGUUUUUAUUAUUGGAGCAUCCUAGACAAUAAACGAGCCAAUUUUCAUGUUUUAGGAGCGUAUCUUUAAAUUGAAAUGACCUAUCGCUUGGUAUCUUUUAGCUCUUAUUUUUUAAAAUGUGUGAAGAAUACUGGGCCAAAAGGCUGCAGUCUUGUUGAACUAAGAUCAACUGUUGUCGUUGAACAAAUCCACCAGUCAUUAAUAUGAAGAUAGGGCCAGUGGGUUCGAAAUAUCUCCGAAUCUGCAUAAUAUAUAUCUUGGAAAGAGGUUACGUAGAUAUAUUUUCACCAGACGAUGAUAAGAUGAGCAUCAUGGCAUCAUUUUGUAAGUUCCAGCAAGCCUAACUUUGCAGCCGAGAAGCUCUUUUUGCCUUAUUUCUGUUAACACAGCAGCCCCCGCAAGUGCUCGGUUUGGCUAUUGGCCUUUCUCUUUGAUUAUCGCUGUAGAGGUUGAUGGCUAGUUUGAUGCUGAAAAUGAAGGCCCGUGUGCACAACAUUAACAGCAUGUUGCACAGGGGCUUCGUCUUAGCUGCUGUUGUGAAAGAUAUUUGGAUUUGAUUACAGUCACUUUGUACCGCAGAACCGUGCCGGGUUGGGCUUUACAGAGGGAAUAAAUGAAGGCUGUUUGGAUGUGGGAUUAUUCAACAUUCUGCCCGGUUUUGCAGCAAAUUUGUCAUAUUUCCCUGACGUACAUGGAUUGUAAUGGUAUGCCCCUGCCCAGUUCAGAUUUGAAAUUGUCACCUUGUUGCACGACAUUCUUUGCAGCUGGAUUUACACCACCACCACUGCUGCCUCAGUUUUCUCAGUCAGCAGCUACACUUCCAUCAUUUGCAGGGCUUCCUUCGCCACCAUAUCAUUAUCAUGGUUGUGUUUUGGUGUCUCUUUUGGUGUGUAACAAAAAGGAUCAUUCAUCGUGCAGUGAAAACUCACCUGAAACUCUGUUUGAAACUUAUGUUUUAACUUUGACCUUGCAAUAUACUGUACUGUAGUACACCAUCAGUACUGCUGUUCCCCAUACUAUAAGGACACACACUGUAUCUAUCAAUCAGUUUGCUCUUUUGCAGUUUAUUUGUUAACACUGUCUGCAAAAGUAUGUUCGAAUGGCUUCGAAUUGCAACUCAGGUAACAAACAAUCCUUAGGAGGGGAAUCUGUACACGUUGAGUUAUGGGUUAUUUUCUUGGAUUAGUAAAUGCUCUGUUCAGCUAAUGUUUAGGUUCACUCACAAUCUGAUCUGAUGUCAAAAACAGGAAAUAUAAUCAGCUUUACAAUAAUAUGGGUCACAUGUUUCAAGCAAUGUUAGAGGAAGGACAUCUACUGAAAAAUUGUAGGACAUGGUGACCCCCCCCCCCCCCCCCCCCCCCCCCCCCGCUCCACAAUGGCUCAUCAGUACCCACUGAAGUCUUUUUUCUUUUUUUUCCUCCCAAGUACUGAAAUAGAUUUGAUUUCAAUGUGUGAUCUUUGAAUAUUCCUGAUAAAAAUGUUUGCACAAAUGGCAUCAAUGUGCCUGUAGAAGUCAGUUACAACAACAAGCACGUUCUGAGCUAAAUAUUUAAAAAUCAGGAAAAUCUUUUUGGGUUUUUUUUCCCUUUCCAGCACCUUUCUCCACAUCCUGUUGUUACAUGUCUGAUAUAUGUGAGGGGUGACAAGUCAUCGGGUAUUGUAAAGAAGUUUCCUCACCACUAAAAGGGCCUGUGUUCUCUGGCAGCACAGAAAAGUUGCACCAUCAACUUCUUUUAAAGGCAUAAUUACAACCACCCCUGCUACAAAGUCUUUAUCCACCCGAGUGAUCUCCUUCCUCCAAAAUGCCAAAACUCUGGUCAGAGGGAAUACUGAGAGAUGAUUCAAGUUUGAUAGUCAUGCCGUGGUGAAUAGACUUGCACGCUUCUCUAAUUGGACUGAGCGUUGAAAAGGAUUCAUUUAUCUCAAUCGUCAGUUCGCUUUCUGGCGCCAACAAACAGAUGACAGAAUCUGGCACCGUUGGCUCGCUUUGGUUUUCUGGUUAUUUUUCAUUUUCCAUUUGAAGAAAUUUUGACCAUGUACAGUAAUUUGUAAACUUGCAUCAAGUUUAUGAAUAAAGAAUUUUAAGAUUA